UUAAUUUGCUUGCUCUCUAUUUCCUCUCAAUUGAUCUCUUCUUCUUCUGUUCAAGCCCCAACAACAAUGGGAAGCCCCAACAAGUCAGAUGCGUCUCCUUUUCUUACCACAGGAGAAUCAGCGCCGCCGCCCGAGUCUCCGGCCAAAGCGCUCCGCCGGAUUCUGGAGUUGCCAGGGGUUCACCAAGGCCCUGCUUGCUUUGAUGGUCUCAGCGCCAAGCUUAUUGAAAGAGCUGGCUUCCAGUAUUGCUUCACCAGUGGAUUUUCGAUAUCGGCUGCUACAUUAGGGCUGCCAGAUACAGGUUUUCUAUCCUACGGAGAAAUGGUGGAUCAGGGGCAACAAAUUACCCAAGCUGUGUCAAUUCCUGUCAUUGGGGAUGGCGACAACGGUUACGGGAAUGCAAUGAACGUCAAGAGAACUGUCAAGGGAUUUAUUAGAGCUGGCUUUGCUGGCAUUCUGCUUGAAGAUCAGGUGUCUCCAAAAGCCUGCGGUCAUACACGAGGCAGGAAAGUGGUGUCAAGGGAGGAAGCUGUGAUGCGGAUAAAAGCAGCAGUUGAUGCUCGGAAAGAGAGUGGCUCUGACAUUGUAAUUGUAGCACGGUCUGAUGCUCGUCAAGCAGUGUCUUUGGAAGAAGCACUUUGGAGGUCAAGGGCAUUCGCUGAUGCUGGAGCAGAUGUUCUUUUCAUUGAUGCACUAGCCUCAAAAGAAGAAAUGAAGGCUUUCUGUGGAGUAUAUCCCCUAGUUCCAAAAAUGGCGAAUAUGCUUGAAGGAGGGGGGAAAACACCAAUACUCAAUCCUCUUGAACUUGAGGAAGUUGGAUACAAACUUGUGGUUUAUCCACUUUCCUUGAUUGGGGUAUCUAUUCAAGCAAUGCAGGACGCACUAGCUGCUAUCAGAGGAGGUCGUAUCCCUCCACCUGGAAGCAUGCCAUCUUUUGAAGAGCUUAAGGAGGUCCUAGGUUUCAACAGUUAUUAUGAAGAAGAAAAGCGGUAUUAUAGUAACAGCAGUCAGCUGUCUUCUGAAAGAUUGGCCAGUAGUGUAUACAGUCUUGAAGGGACAUCUAAAAAUGCAGAACCAAAAGAUCAGAGUCCUCAUAAACCAAAACAUUUAUAGGCUGGAUUCUCGGACGGAAUCACCAAUAUGGUUCCAGCUCUUAGGGGUGUAAACAUCAAAGAAUUGUUGAAUGAGGCAGCUGAUGAAAUGGGAGGGAAGCAGCUGUUAGAUUUUAAUGACACAAUGGGUGAUAGAAUUCAAGUUUUUCUGGAGUAAAUCUCUUGCAGUUGAUUUUUACAAGGAUAUUGUAAAAGAUAUACCCUAUGUAUAUCAAGAAUAAUCCUCCGAGAGGCUUUGUUUGCAAACUAAAGACAUGAAAGGUAUCAAGAUAUACUACGUUUUGGUUUAGAAGUAGGGGCAUCUUUUUUUUCUUUUGUAUUUUUGGCUGAACAAUAGAAGUACGAGUAUCUGUUAGUAUC